CGAACAUUCAGACAAGGCGAGGACGAUUUUAGACUCCAAUGUAGAUAUUUAUUGCCCAGACAGCUCAUGCCGGGUACUUGAGAUCCUGAGUCAGGUGACAGGAAUAUAUUACCACAGGCUUACUAGCACUCACUCUAUGAAUGUCUUUUCGACGAGCAGGUCCUAAGAAGCAAACCCUGGUCUUGGGCUGCAUGAGCUUAAAUUUUCUGCCGCACGAGCACUUCGUCAUUGGAUGCGACAGCGAUUGGGGAUUUCGUCCCGCUUUAACAUUCAACUUCCUCGCAAUAGCCACGAUUAGAGGCAACUAAAGCUUGCGCUACACUAUUCAGAUUUACGGAAGAUUUACCGGAAUCGAUUCGGAGGAGCUUGGAAGCAUGCCUGACGAGAUUCUGAACGACAUCUCUCAUCGGAGAUAUAAUCCACUACGAGGAAGCUGGAUUCUGGUAUCCCCGCAUAGGACCAAGCGCCCUUGGCAAGGCCAACAGGAACCUGCGUCCAAGAUCACAUUACCUCAGUACGACGAGUCAUGCUAUCUUUGUCCUGGGAAUAAACGUGCUCAGGGUGAUGUGAACCCCAAAUACGAAAGUACAUAUGUGUUUGUAAAUGACUACAGUGCUGUUCGCGAGGAGCAGGCUGCGUAUGAACCACAGGAACAAGACGGCAGCCUCGCAAAUCGACUCCUGCGAGCCGAGCCGGUCACAGGCAAGUGCUAUGUAAUAUGUUUCAAUCCGGCGCAUAACCGCACGCUUGCCGACAUGUCCCCCGUCGAGAUUUUGCCCGUCAUCGACACCUGGACGAAGAUAUACGCAGCGCAUAUAUCACCGAUGUCGCCGUUGGCACAUGUGGCCCCGACAACGAGACUGCCAGAGACUGCAGACAACACCCAUAUCCAGGGUCCCAAGGAGCAGUACCGUUAUAUGCAAAUAUUUGAGAAUAAAGGUGCAGCUAUGGGCUGCUCGAACCCACACCCUCACGGACAAGUAUGGACUACGACCGGCCUUCCUGAAGAGCCUGCACUUGAAUUGGCACAACUGCAGAAGUAUCGUGAUGAACACGGAGGUGCAAACCUCCUUGUCGACUACGCUGCUCUGGAACAAUCGAAGGGUGAGCGUAGCGUCUACGAAAAUGCUUCGUUCCUCGCCGUGUGCCCUUGGUGGGCGACCUGGCCGUUUGAAGUAAUGAUCGUUUCCAAAGAGCACAAGCGCGCACUGGUAGACUUCAAUGAUCGCGAACGAAUGUUGCUCGCUGAAGCUAUUGCCGAAGUUACAAGACGAUACGACAAUCUCUUUGAGACCAGUUUUCCAUACAGCAUGGGUUUGCAUCAAGCGCCGCUAGAAGGAACAAGCGAGGAAAUCGAGGCCAGUCAUUUCCACGUGCAUUUCUACCCACCACUUCUUCGAAGCGCUACCGUGAGAAAAUUCCUUGUUGGCUACGAAAUGAUGGCUGAGCCGCAACGAGAUAUCACGCCAGAGCAAGCAGCUGCCAGGCUCCGAAGCUGUGGUGGAGAGCUAUAUCGGAAGAAGCUGUAGCAUAGCGACGAGGAUAGAGAGCUCAAAUUAACACCAUCUUCUCCACGCGACGAUCUUUGCCCACGAUAAGUCUCAGUUGCUUUCCUGUCUCACCUACCACUCCUUUUCUUAGAGCCUCUGUGUACAGCUCGUAGGCUGGAUAAUCUACACGAGUGAUGAGCGUCGAACAUCGAAUUCCCUCAACGAAGCUGUUCAACUUACAAGCAUCGACGAAUUUUUUAACCUGCUCAUCAGUCAUUGCGUUCUGAGGGCCUUUUGCCUUCCUCAUCUCAUCUUCGGCCUCUCGUCGCCAAUCAUACACCCAUACGGUUUCGGCAGCGUCAAUGUGAAUUAUAGCGUCGAACAUUCUCCAAACACCCUCAUAUUCUCGGAGAGCGUCAUUUAUGAACUGAACGUCCGAUAGUUUUAAUUUGCCAAGUUGGCUAGUCCCGAUUCCUCGUUCUUCGCUGUCCUUUGCAGCACGCCAUUUUUCUUCCAGAGCUAUGUCUGUCAUAGCCUGGAAGCCCACGCACCACCCUUCCAGAAGGAUUACAUCGACUGGUCGUUCACCUGGAGCAUUUACUGUGGCCCAUGUUAUUGGAUCUGCUCGAUCUCCGGCACCUGCAUGAAGUGACUUGUCAAAUGAAGGUAGCUUAGUUUCUUCGCGUCGGAGCAGAGCUUGCAGAGUCCUAUUGAGGAGUUCCACAUCGUGCGUUGAAGGCUGGCCGCGGUGCUGGACCAAAGGAUUGUCUGGAUGAGCUGAAGCGAGAGAUUCCUGAUCUGAACGUUUGAGAUAGAAAUCAUCGAGA